UCUGCCUCGCACAGCUGGAGAGGCAGGAGGAGCGAUCAGCUGGCGUUAGGACACGUAACGUUCCGUGGGAAACUAACAUGAACACUGUACACCUAGAAAUGAGAGGAUGAGCAAGAAUCUUACAAUAUCAGAGCCAUGUAAACUGAUCAGUUACCAGUUGGUUAGUGUUAGAUUCAGCAGGCGUAUUUAAAAGAAGUGACCAAACAGGAAAUACCAGCGGGACAAAGUGAUACAGCGGUAGAGCAGGGCUUUAGAUCUCCUUGUGCAUCGCACCCUUUCAUUGGCACGCAGCAUUCCAGCUCAGUCCCCCUGUGGAUGUAUGUGAUGCUUCGGAGCUGCCACUGAGACAGACCCCAGGAGCGGAGGGCCCCCAAAACGCAAAGGCAUGACAUUCAGGAGCCGGCUGGAGAUGCGGAACUGUGGAUCAGCUGCGGAUCAGCCGCACUUCCAGUGAAUGGAGCUGCGUGUCAGGGAGCCCCGAUGUCCACCGUGCUGUUCAUCUUCCUGCUCUUCCUCUUUGGGCCCCGCAGGAGCUAUGCCGGGUCCUGGAGGCCGUGCACAGAUCUGGUUCCACUUGACCUUCUGAGCAGAGCACUUCCAGGCCAUGGCCAAGCUCUCCCUGGAGUGCACAUGGUUCAACACAAGGGGGCUCGAGGCCUCCAGCUGUCUGGGCCAAAUGGAGACAUCAGCUUCCCUGCCUCACCACUCUUUGUCAACUGUGACUUCUUUCCAGAGGAGUUUUCUAUCGUGGUCACACUCAAGGUGUCACACUUGGCUAACAAGAAGAACGAGUAUAUCUUUACUCUGGUGGAGGAGAACUCAGCUCAGCUGCUUUUGGGCCUACGGUUUUCUCAGGAGAAGCUCCAUCUGCUUUUCCUGGGUCCCAGGGGCAAGGAGUAUGUUACCCUCAGGGCCGUGAAGCUGGUGGACAACCGCUGGCACACGCUAGUGCUGGCCGUGGCAGGGCAUCACUUCACCCUGAGCCUGGACUGCGGCAUGCCACUGGAGAUUAUCCAUGAAAGGCCAUUUCCUGUAGCUCUCAACACUAAAGGAUCCAGGUUUUACAUUGGCAGUCGAAGGCGAUGGAAAGGCUUCUUCUCAGGGUUGCUACGACAGCUGGUCCUGUUGCCUGGAUCUGAUGCUACCUCACGGGUCUGUCCCUCAUUAGAGCCCAGUCUUGCUGUCCUUUCCAUCCCCGGAGUCUUAUUGGAUCUACCCAUCAACCCCCUUGGAAAUGAAGUUUUGCCGUACCCAUAUGAGGCUGAGGUGCGGGUGACAAUGGGCACUGAGCCAGCCUGUUCCAAGCAGGAGCAGGGCCAACUGUGGUUCGACAUGCUAAGGAAGGCGCUUCUGUUGUGUGACGGCCAGGCCUGGACCUCCCUGAUCGGGGAAAAACAGAGGCUGGACUAUGUGGAGGAUCACCAAGACCUGCACACCAACUCGGAGACUUUCGAUGUGGAGGUGUUCCAGAUCCCGUCCGUAGGGCUUUUCGCAGCAAUGGCCAAUCGGGAAGCCAAGCAUGGUUCCGGGAUAUACAAGUGGGAUGGUGGGAGAUUUGAGCCCUACCAGAACAUCAGCACCAACGAAGCUUUGGCCUGGAAAUACUUUACUGUUGACAAGAAGAUGUUCCUGGCAGUGGCUGAUUCCAGGGGACACAGUGAGGGGGGGCAAGAGCUGUCUGCAAUCUACAAGUGGAGCCCUCGCAAGCUGAGGUUCCUGCACUACCAGACACUGGAAACCCACUGUGCCCGUGACUGGGAGGCCUUCCAGAUCCAAGGCGAGGCCUUCCUGGCUGUGGCCAAUCACAGAGCAGGAGACAACAACCAUAAUAUUGACAGCGUCAUCUACAAGUGGAACCCUGGCACCAAGGCUUUUGAAGUCAAUCAAACCAUACAGACCUCCGGGGCCUAUGACUGGGAGUUUUUCACUGUGGGACCAUACUACUUCCUGGUGGUGGCUAAUACGUUCAAUGGGGUUACCACACAUGUUGACUCCACCAUCUACAUCUGGUUGGGUGGUAGGUUUCAACGCUUCCAGGACAUAAAAACCUUUGGGGCGACAGACUGGGAGGUGUUCCAGAUCGGAAGCAGGGUCUUCUUGGCGGUAGCCAACAGUCAGAGGCUGUAUGAGAGAGGCCCAGGCGUUUAUACCAUCAACUCCACUAUCUAUGAGCUUGACAUGAUGACAAAGACUUUCCUAAAGUUUCAAGACAUCAUCACCUACAGCGCGCUUGACUGGGAAUUCUUUACACUGGGAGAUGAGAAGUUUCUUGUGGUGGCCAAUUCCUAUGAUGGAACAUCUUACUCCUUGAACAGUGUAAUAUACAGAUGGCAGGGCUACGAGGGCUUUGUCCCCAUCCACCACCUCCCAACCAUCGGGUGCAGAGACUGGGAGUACUUCACCUCCGCCGAGGGCAUCUACCUCAUCUACUCCAGCGCCCGGGAACCUCUCUCCAAGGUCUUCAAGCUGAAGACAUACUGAACAGGAUGCUGCUUGACCACCUCCUGCAGUCGCUGUGCUAUACAGUGACAUGGAAUCCCUGAAGCUGAGCUCAGAAGGAGAGCCAGCGCGAGAGGGAACAGUGUGGAAACGGCCACGGCAGCACCAAAGCCACCAGACACCAGACAAUGUCCGUUUGCGCCCAUGACUGAAACAAAUGGCAGCAAUGCCUUACUGGCUAAUCAUGGGGUGGAAAUAGCUAUUCAUGUAAUAAUAAAAUAAGCUGAAAAUGUCUCCUUUUCUGAAACUGAAAAUGAAUACUGUGGCUAUUCUGAGUCUCUUCUUUUGUAUCAGUGAUAAAAAAAUAUUUUUAAACAUUACUGACAAAAAAGAUGAGUAUCUUAGUAUUAGUCAAGCUUUACAUUUUUAUAACUUAUUGGUACUAAUAGAAAAUAUACUGUCUAUAAUAAUAAUAAUUUAAUAUUUGUAUUUUUUAAAACAUUGGAAUAACCAUCUGCACUGCUUAAGAUGUCAAUACUGGCAGCUAUAAAAUGAGGCAUCUAGUGAGAAUAUUAGUUGGCAAGAUAAUAAAGGUCCAGUUUGUAAACCUGUCACAGUUAGUUAUUCUAUUAAUGAAACUAAGUCAUGCAUCAGCACAAAAUAUGCUCCAUAUAGCAGAAUAGAUAGCAUAUGUACACAUAGCUGUCAGUGGGAAAAGGUACUCCUAUGCUCAGCUGAACUGCAUUCAACAAGUCACUCACUAAAGAAAUCGUGUGUAAAAUAAACAAUUGGGAAGGAGAAUAUAGGAGCGAUUAGGGGCAUUCUGGGAAGAGUAAACACUUACUCCUCCUUCUCAGUUAUGUGAUCUUUCAUCGUAAUUUAUGUGGGUUUUAUGUUUUCCUAAAUAUCUUGGGCCUUUUUGCUAUCAUUUGUUUGUAAGUUGAGGAAUGCUGAUACAUCCUUGCAGUAAGUACUAUUUUAUUAAUAUUGUUUAUGAAACCAGUUUGUAAUAUAAUUUUUCUACAUCAACUUCAGAUUCACUUCUUGCUGCCUUUGUGAGAAAAACCCAAUUAAAUGA